AUGCAAAUUAUAGGAAAUAGAUUAUACCUUUUGAUUUUAGUAUUAAUAUCUUUAUUAAACUACAUCGAUCAAUUUCAAAUCGCAGGAGCUCUUCCAAAACUAAAAAACUAUUUUAAUAUACCAUACUCAACACUCGGUUUUGCCGAGAGUGUCUUCAUUAUUGCAUUUAUGUUCACUUCCCCGAUUGCGGGGUAUCUGGGAGACCGAGUCAGUCGAAAAAGAAUAAUAAUUUUUGGACUAUUUAGUUGGACUUUAAUGACAUAUUUAUCCUCACUUGCUCAAAAAGACAGUAUUGAGUUAUUUUUGGUUUGUCGAGCAUUUGUUGGCAUUGGGGAGGCAUGUUUUGUUGCAGUGGUCCCUACAAUAAUUACUGAUCUUUUUGAACAAAAAAAUCGUGCUAUUGCUUUUGGAGUCGUUUCUCUGACCAUUCCAGUGGGCUCGGGGAUAGGUUAUAUAACCGGUUCUGUCAUAUCCGAACACCUCGGAUGGAAAUGGGCCUUACGAAUCACCUCGAUAUUUGGGGCCAUUCUCCUUCUUAUCAGCUCCAUUUUCUUCUACGAUCCCGAAAUCGGCCAAAAUGACAACUUUUUGACAAAAAACACAACCAGUUAUUUUAAAGACUUGAAAGUAUUAUUUACCAACAAAACAUAUCUCCUAAUCUUGUUGGGAUCUAUUGGAGUCACAUUUUCCGGAGGGGCCCUUGGAUUUUGGGUCCCCGAAUAUUCCCAAAUAGUCCUCCAACACAUGUCUCCUAACAUUGUGACUACAAUUUGCGGAGUCAUCCUUUCCUGUGGGGGAUUGGCCGGUAUAUCCUCACUUUUACAUCGAAGGUGUGUUAAUCGGGUCACUUCUCUCAAAGAAACUCCAGCCAAUUUCUGUCUCAUAUGA